UAUUAUCCAAUCAGAGGUUAACAUUUUUUUAAUUAUUUAACCAAUAGGAUUUCUCAAUCUGAUCUAUAAAAAAAAACGGAACAACUGAGUCAACUUAAUUAACCCUAAACGUACAGGACUUUCGUUCGUUGCCGCUCUUUUUGCCGGUGCAACUCACUCCAAAAUGAGGGAAUGUAUUAGCGUACAUGUUGGUCAAGCUGGAGUUCAGAUGGGCAAUGCUUGUUGGGAAUUAUAUUGUCUGGAACAUGGAAUUCAAGCUGAUGGGCAAAUGCCGAGUGAUAAGACUAUUGGAGGUGAAGAUGAUUCAUUUAAUACAUUCUUCAGUGAAACUGAUUCAGGAAAACAUGUUCCAAGAGCAAUAUUUGUAGAUUUAGAACCCACUGUAGUAGAUGAGGUUCGGACUGGUACUUAUCGUCAACUUUUUCAUCCUGAGCAAUUGAUCACUGGUAAAGAAGAUGCUGCAAACAAUUAUGCACGUGGUCAUUACGCAAUUGGGAAAGAGAUUGUUGAUUUGGUGUUAGAUAGGAUUCGUAAACUUGCUGAUCAGUGUACCGGUCUUCAAGGGUUUCUGAUAUUUCAUUCAUUUGGUGGAGGCACCGGUUCAGGUUUCACAUCUUUGUUGAUGGAACGACUGAGUGUUGAAUAUGGGAAGAAAUCAAAGCUUGAAUUUUCUAUUUACCCUGCUCCACAGAUUGCAACUGCUGUUGUUGAACCUUACAAUUCUAUCUUAACAACGCAUACAACUUUGGAACAUUCGGAUUGUGCAUUUAUGGUUGAUAAUGAAGCAAUAUAUGACAUAUGUCGUCGUAAUUUAGGCAUUGGACGUCCAACUUAUACGAACUUAAAUCGCUUAAUUGGUCAAAUAGUGAGUUCUAUUACAGCUUCUCUGCGUUUUGAUGGAGCUUUGAAUGUUGAUCUCACUGAGUUUCAAACGAAUUUGGUCCCUUAUCCACGUAUUCACUUCCCAUUGGCAACAUAUUCACCUGUGAUUUCAGCUGAAAAAGCAUUUCAUGAACAGUUAAGUGUUGCUGAGAUUACUAAUGCCUGCUUUGAGCCAGCAAAUCAAAUGGUCAAAUGUGAUCCUCGUCAUGGUAAAUACAUGUCCUGCUGCAUGUUGUACCGUGGUGAUGUUGUUCCAAAGGAUGUGAAUGCAGCCAUUGCCACCAUUAAGACGAAACGGACAAUUCAAUUUGUUGAUUGGUGCCCUACUGGCUUUAAAGUUGGGAUCAACUAUCAACCUCCUACAGUGGUUCCAGGUGGUGAUUUAGCAAAGGUACAACGUGCUGUUUGUAUGCUAAGUAAUACAACAGCGAUCGCAGAAGCUUGGGCUCGUUUAGAUCACAAAUUUGACUUGAUGUAUGCAAAACGUGCAUUUGUCCAUUGGUAUGUCGGUGAAGGGAUGGAGGAAGGCGAGUUUAGUGAGGCUCGUGAAGAUCUUGCAGCUUUAGAGAAGGAUUAUGAAGAAGUUGGGGUUGAUAGUGUUGAGGGUGAGGGUGAUGGGGAAGAAUACUGAAUAACUGUGAGAUGUUACCUAUUCCCAAUAAAUUUAUCUCAGCAACUAGGUGUUUUUCAGAUUCUUCCAAAACGUUUCACGCCUUAGAGAUAGUUUUUACUGA